AGAGUAACUAAAAACAUAAGAAAAAACUAGAUUAGUAAUAGAGAAUAUUAAAUUUAAUCUUUGAUUAACUUGUUUGAUUAAGUUCUACAUACCGCAUAAUGCCCAAAGAUAAAGGAAAAUAUAAUUAAAAUCAUUUAGAUUUCCCCAAAAGCAAUUUUUAAAAGGAAAAAAAAAUAAAACCUAUUACUCCUACAAGAAAGGGAGAAGUUACAGAGUAACCACCACGUGGAUAGGCUCAUAAAAUAUAGAGAUCUCGGGUCUAUAUAUAUAUAGGAGAGUAGAGAAAGUCCAUAAUCAUCAAGAUUUAGUGUUAAAGCAUAAUAAAUAUUUUCUUUGAAAUUUGAAGAGCUUGAAAAUGAGUACAGCCACUUUCGUAGAGAUUAUUCUUGCUAUCAUCUUGCCUCCUCUCGGCGUCUUUCUCAAAUUUGGUUGCAAGGUUGAGUUUUGGAUAUGUUUGAUUUUGACGCUGUUUGGUUAUCUUCCCGGAAUCCUUUACGCUCUUUAUAUCAUCACCAAGUGAUUUUUCCUAUCUCCUCUGUUCUUUCCUCUUGCUCCUCGAAGAACAGCUGUUUCGUCGUGCUCUUCUCCCUUUGGGACUGAUUCAUCAUUUAUUUUAUGUUAUGAGCAAUUGUAUUCUCAUUGUUGUAUUUGCAUUAUUGUAUACUUUCUGCUGAUAUCAAGAAAAAAUCGUUGGUUUAUGUGAGGAAUUUAUUUAUUUCGUUUAAUUUGUACAAUUGGUAAAAUGUUGCAAUGAGCAGGUUUGGAUUCCGGACCACCAUUAAAAAAAUUUAAAACCAACGUUAUAUAAAUCCAUGGUCACAUGUCUCGUCUCAUCACCAACAAAUUUGCACCAUAAGUACUCACGUGGUCCA